AUGCGCUUACCGGCGCUGCUUUUGGCGGCGACCCUUGCCUCACUUUCGUCUACAAUAAAUGGAGAAGUGGACCUAUGUAAACGACAACCAUUCCGCGGUCGAUGCCCCUCAAAAGAUGGCACAAGUCAAAUGCGAUCCCAAUUCGUUCUUCGGUAUUACAUGAGAGACGGGGAAUGUGUCUCGUAUCCAUACGGACAUUGUGCGAAUGACGAUUCGGAGCCGCGGUUGUUCCGCUACAAAGAGGAAUGCGAGGACGCGUGUCUGAGCGCUCCAGGAAACUUGGGAACUCCAAAGGAAAGCAAAGUGACCGUCGCUGUGUCACAAAGUGAAACAACGGAGAAAACGACGACUGAACGAUCGACAACAACAACUUCUUCAACUGCUUCAACUCCAUCAACUCCAUCAACUCCAUCAACAACAGCACCAAGAACUGAAUGCGAGCGUCGCCGAGCUCACCAAGGCGGGCUUAUUCGUGGCGGUUUCGUGCCCGAGUGUACGGAGGAUGGAGCUUUUGAGAGAAGACAAUGCGAACCAAACUCACACUAUUGUUUCUGUGUCGACUCGAGGGGAAUCGAAUUGCCAAACUCGCGAAUGCGUGGGAAGCCUGAUUGCGAAAGUAUAGCCACGGCUGGUGCUUCGAAAACAAACGAAUGUGUUGGUGGUGCAGUGCCUGGACCCUGUGUCAACAGUCUCUUAAGAUGGUAUUAUGACGAGACGACGCGCAAAUGCAAAUCUUUUCACUAUUCGGGAUGCGGUGGAAAUGGGAACAAUUAUCAGACGGAGAUUUCGUGUAACGAACGAUGCGCUCCAUUGCCGGUUGGAUUGCCGAAAUGUGAACGGGGAGAACCGCUGAAAACGGUGAUUGGAGCACCAAUCAAUUGCGCAAAGAGAGAUUGCCCGUCCGGCUACGAAUGCUCAGUGGUGCAAGGCAGUAGUGUUUGUUGUCCGCAAAAUGAUAAAGGAGUUGGCGCAUUGGAUUCGGGUCGACCAGCCGACGUGUGUCAAAUGUCGAAAGAGAGGGGACCUUGUGAUCACUAUGAGCUACGAUUCUAUUACAAUCCAGAGUCGAAGGAAUGCAAAUAUUUCUUCUACGGUGGUUGCGAGGGAAAUGGAAAUAAUUUCGAGAAAGUCGAAGAAUGCGAACACAGAUGCAAUGUGACAAGGGCACCCCGUUGGGGCACCGUCUCGCAUCCAUUGAAUCCAAAUCAGCCACAAGGAACGAUUCCCGGGAUUCGCGUUUCUCAGACAACAAGAAGAAAUCACCCAACAACAGCCACGACGACCACACAACGCACGACACAUACAACAACAACCCAAAAACCCAGCACAACUCGUUCCACCACUCCAGCUCCUCUUCAAAACGUUUUCUCGUUGAAGCCACAACAACCGGAACCGGAUUUGACUCUUCUCGAGAUGAAUCGUUGUAAACAUCCGCGUGAUGCAGGCACAUGUCGCGGUCAAUUUGUGCGCUGGUUUUUCAACACCGAAAAUGCGAAUUGCGAGGUGUUUACCUAUUCGGGUUGUGCCGGAAAUGGGAACAAUUUCGCGACGAAAGAGGAAUGUUCAUUGACUUGUUCGAGAAGCGCUCAAACGACGACCACUCCAGCGCCAGAGACAGUUCCACCAGAGAUCGCGAAUGUCUGUUUGCACGAUGUGGAUGCCGGUGAAUGCAAUGGAGUGUUCAAGCGUUUCGCUUUUGACGGAGAAACGGGUGAAUGCCGAUCGUUUACUUAUGGAGGAUGUGGAGGCAAUGGAAAUAACUUUGCCACGCUCGAAGAUUGCGAAGGGAAAUGUCACGGAGUAAAGCUGCCAAAGGGAACUCCAUCAUCAGUGCACAGUCAUGUCACCACUCCAUCACCGAUUUUCCCAUCUGUAAAUGUUUGUGAUCAUCCAGUUGACAAGGGACCAUGUGCUGGCAGUUUUCAGCGUUAUGCUUUUGAUCAACUCACCGGUGAUUGUCUUCAAUUCACGUAUGGUGGAUGUGGAGGUAACGGCAAUAAUUUUGCUUCGUCGAGCGAGUGCCGAAAAGAGUGUAUGAAGAAUCAAAAGGUGAUCAAGAAUGGACAAUCAACGGAUGUGAUGCGUUGCCCUCCACCGCCACAUUGUGAAUCGGAAUGUUCUCUUUCACGGGAUUCUCACGGAUGUUUCACUUGCAAUUGCUUGAAGAAACGACUCCCACCUGCACCAGUCCCGCAAAGCACUCAUGCCACUUGUUCACCCAUCGAUCUCCGUUCCUGCGUCGAGCCGUGCAUCGUCUUCCAGAAUCGAAAAGGUUGCAAGGAAUGCGUCUGUCCGUUGCCCGGCGGCCCAUCACUCCGCCAACAAUCCUCCGCCACGCGACAACCUACACGAUUCGCUCAACCACCAGCCACUCAAUCGGGCGUGCCUCGUCCCCCAUCUCCGCCCUCACCACCGGCUCCUCGUUUGAACUCCGUUCGAAACAUCAAUACUUUCGACAAGCGCCCGCUCGCUCCAUUGGAGAACCCGACCGUGGCGCCGACGCGUUUCCCGCCUCGCCUCUUCACAUUCACCACCCCACGCCGUCCUGGGCCACAGCCACCACAGGCGUCAAACAUUCCGACGGUGUUGACGGAGAAAUGCUUGCAACCAGUGGACGCCGGACCGUGCAGUCAUUUUGUCGAUCGAUACUAUUUUGAUCCUGAAGAUGGACAAUGUCAUCCGUUCAAGUAUGGAGGGUGUGCAGGCAAUCGCAAUCACUUCUUCACGUUGCGCGAAUGCGAGAUUCACUGUGCCCGUUUCAGUCAUUUUGUUGCACCAUCAUCGCAAUCCGAACAAGCAGAAUCAAUCGGCAUUCGAAUUCAUCCGCCAAGUGCACAAAAGAAUGCGCAAGUAAGCAGACGAUUGAAAUCGAACGAGUUUGAAGAGGAUUUGGAUCUACCCGUGCCUGAUCGAAGACCAAUUGCACCACCUGGAACUCAAUUCGGUUCAAGGAGUGGCUCGGUGAAGGCACUGGGGACAACAAUGACAACAGUGAGGACGACGACGAGACGACCAACCACGAGAAUCACAACUCCGGAAUAUGAGGAUAGCUAUGAAGAAACGACAACAAGAAGGAGCACUCCGAGAACUACCACAAGGCCGAGAAUUGAAGAUGAGUACUCUGAGGAGUCUGUUGAGGUGGUGAUGACAAAGACGACUCUGAGACCGACAACGACCACGAUUUCUGAUCAAAAGCUGGAGGAAAUGAUCAGAAAAGCUGAAAAAGAGGACAAGAGUUUGGAGAAAGAGGAGAAAGAAGAGAUUGUUGAGAAAAUUGAAACUGGAAAGAUGGAAAUGAAUGGAAAUGAAAGCCGGCCAGCAGUGAUUGAAAGAGAUUCUGAGGAGUUGUCUGAGGAAUCGGGAAUGGUUCCAGAGAUAGGAAAUAGCUCUGAGGAAGUGAUAGAAGGAAGAGCUUUGAAAAAUAUGGAGUCUGUUGAGGUUGAGAAGGCUGAAGCUGGAAAUGGAUCAGCUAAAGCUGAGCCAGCUAAAACUUUUGCCAGCAAACUUCGAGAGUCUGGACAGGUGCUGGAUAGAUUGACAAAGACUUUUGAUAAUCGAAUUGGAGAAGAGGUGCUGGAGAAAUUGAAGCCUACUGAGGAAACGGUUUCAAAUGAAAUGGAGCUGGAGCAAGUUGAGAAAGAUCUUGGAGCUGUUGAUGGAGAAAAUUUGAAACCAGAGCUGAAAUCUGAAGAAGCUGAGCUAGUUGAUAGAGUUGAGAACUCGAAAUCCGGAGAAAUCCAAUCAAGUUUAGGACCUGAUGGAGUUGAAGAAGGAAAACCAGUGUCAGUGCUGAAAUCUGAAGAAUCUGAGGCAGUUGAAGAAUUGAAACCAGCGCUGAAAUCGGCAGAAGUUGGACCAGUUGAACCAAUUCGACCAACCGAGCUUGAAUUGAAGCCAAAAGAUCAUUCCAACAGUGAUUCUCUAGAAACGGUGGAAGAGGACGACUCGUUGGAGGCUUUGAUCCGCAAUCCACCGCCGCCACCCACUCCAAAAUCUGUUGUGCCUGUCACCGAGAUUGAAAGCACUUUUGUUAGCACAAGCACAACGCAUGAAACAAGCACUUCAGCCACUGCAACGACGACGCACGAGUUGCGAGAGGUGAAGAUUUCCCCCCGAAAGCCUACCACCACUGCACCCGAGCUGCUAGAGAUGAUGAGAAUCGCUUCAGAGGUGAUCGAUGUGGAGAAACUUGGAAAAGAUGAUGAGGAGAUAAAGGAGUUGACUGAGGAGACAAGUGUUGGCACUACAGUGACAACGGCAACCCCGCCACCGGUUCCCAUUCAUCCGCAAGCUGCUGGCAGGGAACCUGUCCCGUCAAGACCAGUUGGAAUCGGCAGGAAUAUGGAGAAUCUCGAUAUCGAUCAUUUGGCCGCUCCACCGCCUGAGGCAAGACCAGUCGCCCCAUUAGUUGUGCCACCACCAGUUGCCAUUCCAGUGAAACAGGAGCAAAUUAAUCCGGUGAUCGUUUGCGCCAUGCCACCAGAUGCUGGAAUCUGCAAGAACUACGUGCCAAGAUGGUUCUUCAAUGCUCAAACGGGUCAAUGCGAGCAAUUUUCGUAUGGAUCGUGUGACGGAAAUGCGAACAAUUUCCUGGAUCGAUCGACUUGCGAGAUUCGGUGUCUUCCAAUGCAUCGACCGACGAAUAUUCUGUCAAAGGUUCCCGAACGCUGUGCCCGUGACAGAGAUGCUGGUUUUAGCGGUGGAUACAAUGUGAAAUGGUAUUUCAACUUGAACAAUCUCCGAUGUGAGCAAUUUAUCUACCAUGGAAAAGGCGGAAAUGAGAAUCGAUUUGAGACGUUGAAUGACUGCGAAAAUGCUUGCUAUGUCAAAAGCGGUAACAAGAAUAUUUUCUCGACGACUCGCCUUGUUCAAACGCAGCCACCAACAACGAUCACCACCACAACGAGAUUAACAAAUCCACCAACGACAACGACUACUCAAGCAAGCACUCAAAGCUCUAUGAUGACACCAGUGAUCACAACAACAAUUCAAACUCAAACACCGCCACAACCAGCUCCAGAGCCAGCAAUUGUCUCAAAAGAAAGCCAAGAAGUGUUCGACAAGGAAUAUUCGGCAGAGAAUGAGGAAGGUGAUGAUGAGGAAGAUGAGGAUGCUCUUUUGCAACCAAUUCAACCAAUCGGAGAUCACAUAAAAUCUUUUGAAAAGAUCGACGAGUCGAAAUUGACUCCACCAAGCGAAUCCCAUUCCGAAGACGGUCUCCAAUCAGCUCUUCCCGGUGCUCAACCCCAUCCACCAGCAGUUCGCGGCGACAAAACAGUCAUCGUCGAGCAACCAAAUCCAAUCUCAAAACUCGAUCAACCCGAGUACAAAGCCGAGCCGAUUACUCCACAAAACGGGCCAUUGAAUCCAAAUGCUAAUCAACCAAUCGUCGGACCAAGCCCACCCGAAAGUCUCAACUAUCAAACAGGGCAAAGGUCAAAAGCUCACGGAGUCAACAAUUUCCAAGAUCUGAACGCGAUUGAUAUCGAAAAAUUCGAUAUGAUUGAUGAUGGAGAGACGGUUGAAGGUGGACAGGUGGUUGUGCCGGCUUGUCCGAAUGGAUUGCAAGCUCAUCGUUACGUUGAUGGUCGACCCGUGCAAUGCUUGCCCGGUCGCAAUCAAUGCCCAGCUGAUUCGGUGUGCUAUUUCAACGGAUUGGACUAUUUCUGUUGCCCAAAUGUUGACGAUCCAUAUGAUAAGCAUAUCUUUGGUGGCUACGAUGGUGAAGAGACGAAACAAGGGUACAAAGUGUUUGGACCGUUGAAGAUUCGACGAUUGAGAGACGCGCCAAUGAGGGCAAAGAGAUCUUUACGUCAAAAGCGUCAAACCUCUUUCAGCAUGGAUGACAUCGUGAUGCCGUUGCGAUUUGAUGCCGAGAAACCCCAUCAAUUCGCGAGCGCCUCAGCGGUGAUGAGCUCGAAUCGACGAAGGAAACAACCAAGAAACUGGGCAUCAAAAGAUUUCAACACCGGCGACAUCUCUAUUUGUAUUCAACCAUUGCAAAGAGGCGACUGUCACGCACAGCAUGUUCGAUAUUUCUAUGAUCGAAAUACGGACAGUUGUCGUCUUUUUUAUUACUCGGGAUGCAAGGGAAAUGCAAACAAUUUCGGAUCGCUUGAAGAUUGCGAAAGAUUGUGUGUGAUCGCGCAGAGAUCGACUCAAGAACAACCAGUUGAUUCAAGACCUGUUCCACCGGGUCAAUGCCCAGGCGACGUACUUCCAUUGGGCGGUAAAGCGCCCGUUCUCUGCGGAAACAAUACUGAUUCAAUUGAUUGCCCAUCCGGGUACUAUUGCCGAACUGGUCCACCAAAUGUUUGUUGUCCGGGACAGGAUCCAACGAGAUUUUUGAUGCAAGGUGUGUUGAAUAGCCCCUCAAAGAUUCGUUUCGAGCCGGAAUCCGUCGAGGAAUUGUUGGAUCGAACACCGACCACCGAGGCCACAACAACGACCACCAAGAAAACGUAUCUGGAAGUGCCGGAAUUUAUUUGCCCGGAUGCAUCGGAUCCAUUGUAUGGAAAAAACGGACGACCAUUGUUGUGUGGAGCGGGAUUUGACGGGGUGAAGAUGUGUCCGAGAGGAUUUUAUUGUGCAAUUGAUUCAGGACGGGGAACCCGUCUCUGUUGUUCACUCCUUGGGUCGGCCUCGAGGAUUCCCAAUGAACAGAUCGAUGCCCCGCAUUUCCCUCGUCGACGCAAUCAAGCUGAGGUAAUGGAUCGAGGCAGUUUACCAGACGAUUUCACCCCACAAAGUCAUCAACAAUCAGCUGAAGAGGAAGAAACCUUUUCGAUCACCGACGAUCACCGAUCACCGAUCGCUCCAAACGACGAAGAAAAAGAGGGACAAGCUGUCGGCUUGGCACCAACCCAACAACGAGAAGCUGAGUACGAUCAGCAUGAGGAAGAUGGUGAUGGAGAAGUCGAAUAUGAGGAGAGCGGGGAAUCUGAUGGAUUCGCUAAGUUGCAAAUGAAGCCACCAGGUCCGGUCAAUCAGCACCAGCAAUUUGCUAAAGUUCCUGAAAGUGAUGGUGGAGUGAAUAUCGAGAUCGAGAAUGAGACAAAUGUUGAUGGAGAGACGCCAGCUAUUCUAAAAGAAUCACAAGAUUUGUCAAUUUGUCAAAUGACACCAUCAAUUGGACGAGUUUGUCGAGAGGAUGAACCAUCACCGAGAACGAAUCUUCACUAUUUCUACUCGGAAAAGGAUAAACGCUGUAAACUCUAUUUCUACAAAGGUUGCGGCGGAAAUGCGAAUCGAUUCGAGAAAAAAGCGCAAUGCGAGGCGGCUUGUGUUCGUUUA